GAAGCGCCCUCCUCCGCGGCGCACCACCCCCUUCCACGGCCCAGUAAGCAGAGCUCUCGGGGCCAUGGAAGGUGACGCGAUCCAUGCGCCCACCACGUCGUCCUCCUCCUCCUCCUCCUCGGACUCCGGCGCCGGCUCGUGCGUCAUCAACGGCGCGCAAGAGCUGCCGUCCAAGAACGGCAAGCCCCGGAAGCACAUGAUGAAGCGGAAGAGAGCCGCGUCGCCGGCUGCUCCUGACGGCCGCGGGGCGCCGGAGGCCGCCGCCGUGGACGAGCGCGGCGACGGCGGCCGGCGCAAGAGGGGGAGCGCCGGCACCAGGCACCCGACGUUCCGCGGCGUGCGCAUGCGGGUCUGGGGCAAGUGGGUGUCCGAGAUCCGCGAGCCGCGCAAGAAGUCGCGCAUCUGGCUCGGCACGUUCCCCACCGCGGAGAUGGCGGCGCGCGCCCACGACGUGGCCGCGCUCGCCAUCAAGGGCCGCGCCGCUCACCUCAACUUCCCGCACCUCGCGCACGAGCUCCCCCGCCCGGCGUCCGCCUCCCCCGCCGACAUCCAGGCCGCGGCCGCAGAGGCAGCCCGCCCGCCGCCGCCGUGGAUGUAGAGCAAUGCGUUUCUUCCCAUGCCGCCGCCGAGACGUCGUCGUCAUCAUCAGCUGCCAGUUUGGAGAAGGUGGCCGUGGCCGCCAAGGCGACGGCAGCCACCGAUGUGGAGCAAUGCGUGUCCUCCCCUGCCGCCGUGACGUCGUCGUCGCCGUCAUCGGCUGCCAGUUCGGUGGAGGCCUUUGCCGGCCACAGCGAGGAGAACGUGCUGUUCGACUUGCCUGACCUUCUGCUGGACCUGAGCAACGGCCUCUGCUGGUCACCAAUCUGGGCGGCGGCUCCCGCGGCGGCGGAAGAGUACGACGGCGGCGACAGCCUGCACGAGCCGCUUCUGUGGGCCGACGACGAUCAGUGCUGGAUAAUGGAUGCCGCAGCGCCGGUGCAGCCGGACUAGCCAUCCAUUCGGAGGCGCUGGCCGGCCGUCACCGGCCGGUGGUUGGCUGGCUGGCUGGCUGCAACAGACGACUGAUACCACGUGCUUUUGCUUCGCGUGCACUGUGCAGACUGCGGAGAGAAACGAGCGCAUGGCCGCGGCCGUGGGCGCUUCUGGGGUCGCUGUCUGUGAUCUCCGGAUGGCAAGUCAUUGUAGGGUGCGGUGAAACAGUGGUUAGGCAUCGAAAUGAUUGGCGAAAGAAUAAUUUCGGGAGUGUCGAUAUGUAAAGAAUCAAUUCGUGAGUGUCAAUAUGUCACUGCAACAGAAGCACUUCAUUUACUCGA